CUGCUCCUGGCUGCCAGCACCCUGCCUGCCAGGGGCUCAUCUGCUGAGCCCAGCUGCCUCCACUUCUCUGAGCUCCUGCCUGCAAGGCUCAAAGAGCUGAGGAGCAAAUUUGAGGAAAUCAAGAACUAUUUUCAAUCCAAAGAUGAUGAACUCAGCGUCCAGCUGCUCAGCUCUGACCUGCUGGAUGAAUUCAAGGGGACCUUUGGCUGCCAGUCAGUGUCAGAGAUGAUGAGGUUCUACAUGGAGGAGGUCCUGCCCAGUGCCAUGAGGACCAGCACAGACCAUCAGCAGAGCAUGGGAGACCUGGGCAACAUGCUGCUGAGCCUGAAGAUGACAAUGAGACGUUGUCACAGAUUCUUCACCUGUGAGAAGAGAAGCAAAGCCAUAAGGCACAUCAAGGAGACCUUUGAUAAGAUGAAUGAGAAUGGAAUCUACAAAGCCAUGGGAGAGUUUGACAUUUUCAUCAACUACAUUGAAGAAUAUUUGAUGAUGAAGAGGAAGAAAUGA